GCCCAGGCUAAAGCCAAGCUCAUCGCAGAUACCCGACGGAGAUUCGAAACUGAAUACUUGACAGAUAAAUCAGAUAAAUAUGAUCCACGUGAUGUUGAAAGACUACAGCAAGAUGAUAACUGGGUUGAAAGUUAUUUAUGUUGGAGACAUAACGUCAUAGAUGAAACACUGAAGAUGCUGGAUGAAAGUUUCCAGUGGAGGAAGGAAUUUGCUGUCAAUGACCUGAAUGAAUCCUCCAUUCCCAAGAAGUUAUUGGAAAUUGGUGUUAUUUAUCUCCACGGUUAUGAUAAAGAAGGGAACAAACUGUUCUGGAUCAAGGUGAAGUACCAUGUAAAAGACAACAAAACUGCAAUGGACAAAAAGAAGCUUAUAGCUUUCUGGUUGGAACGUUAUGCUAAAAGAGAAAAUGGAAAACCUGUUACAGUGAUGUUUGACCUGUCGGAAACUGGACUCAACAACAUAGACAUGGACUUUGUACGCUUUAUCAUCAACUGCUUUAAGGUUUAUUAUCCUAAAUACCUCUCAAAAUUGGUUAUCUUUGAUAUGCCUUGGAUAAUGAACGCUGCUUUCAAGCUUGUGAAAACUUGGCUUGGUCCUGAAGCAGUGAGCUUGUUGAAAUUUACGAGUAAAAAUGAAGUCCAGGACUAUGUCAGUGUAGAAUACCUGCCUCCCCACAUGGGUGGAACUGAUCCUUUCAAGUAUAGCUACCCACCACUCGUAGAUGAUGACUUCCAGACACCACUGUGUGAAAAUGGGCCUAUUACCAGUGAGGAUGAAACGUCAAGUAAAGAAGAUAUAGAAAGUGAUGGGAAAGAAACCUUGGAAACCAUUUCUAAUGAGGAGCAGGCAGUUCCUGUAAAAAAGGUAAACCCAGCAGAAUCAUGUCCCAAGGCAGAAGAAAAUGAAAAAGUUGACUCAAAGACAAAAGCUUUCAAGAAACCAUUGAGUGUGUUUAAAGGGCCCUUACUGCAUAUCAGCCCAGCAGAAGAGCUGUAUUUUGGAACUGCAGAAUCUGGAGAGAAGAAAUCUCUAAUAGUGUUGACAAAUAUAACUAAAAAUACAGUUGCAUUUAAGGUGAGAACAACUGCACCAGAAAAAUACAGAGUCAAGCCAAGCAAUAGCAGUUGUGAACCUGGGGCGUCGGUUGAUAUAGUUGUGUCUCCGCACGGGGGUUUCACAGUUUCUGCACAAGACCGUUUUCUGAUCAUGGCUGCCGAAAUGGAGCAGUCAUCUGGCACAGGCCCAGCGGAGCUGGCGCAGUUCUGGAAAGAAGUUCCCAAAAACAAAGUGAUGGAGCACAGAUUAAGAUGUCAUAUUAUUGAAAGCUGUAAACCAACCACACUUACAUUAAAAGACGGUGCUUUUAACAUGGCAGAUAAAACCACUGAAGAUAUAUGUCUACAGCUCAAUCGUUUGCUAGAAAGCAAUAGGAAACUUCAAGACCAAGUCCAGCGUUGUAUCUGGUUCCAACAACUCCUGCUUUCCCUAAUGAUGCUCUCGCUUGCUUUUGUCAUCUCUUUCUUCUACUUGUUGUACAGUUAG